CACCAAAGGUGUAGCUCUUUGGCACAAAUCCAUUCAUCUUUUCCUUGCAAAAUUUGAAUUCUUUUUCAAACCCAUUAAAGCUUUCCCAUUUUUGUGUUGUUUUUUUUAGCCAAAUCUCCUCAAACUUAGCAAUAUCAUCAAUGGCUUCAAUGUCCGCUCAUGGGUCGGGUGUAUGGACUGCAAAGCAAAACAAGGCGUUUGAAGAGGCUUUGGCAAUGUAUGAUCAAGACAGACCUGAUCGAUGGCUGAAUGUUGCUAAGGCCAUUGGUGGAAAAACUGAAGAGGAAGUGAAAAGGCAUUACCAAGUUCUUGUGGAGGAUGUUAAGCAUAUUGAGUCUGGCAAGGUUCCUUUUCCUUAUCGAAGCUCAAGAGGAAGUUAAUGCUACUCAUUGAUGAUGAUUAAGGAUGAGAAACAUGAAGUUCCAUGCUGGAAGAAUAAGAAGAAGAAAGCCAUUUUCUUGCUGAUCUAUCCAUUUUUUUUUUUCUUUUUUCUUUGGAAUUUUCAUGAAAAAAUUUGAAGUUCUCUGUGGUUGUAUCCCUUAAAAUGUAGUUGUAAUACUCGAAUGAAUAUGAUUUCUUGGUGUUAGUACCACUCAUCAACA